AUGAAGUCAGACAUUCUGGAAAAGGUGUCUGAUGAGAUCUACAAGUAUAAAGCUUACCUUAAAAGCUCAGACUUUUGUGAGGUUUCAGAGGCACUGAUCAAGAAGCACCCCUGCUUGGCAGAGCCAGGAUCUUGGAAUGGCUGCUAUGGCUGGACUCAGAGACUUAAAACCAGGAUGGGAAACCUCCGUACCCAACCGAAGGGACUUGGAUGCCCCGAGCUUGCUGUCAAUGCUCUAAAGACCAAAGCUGCAGAUGACGCCCAUCCAGCAAAAAAUGUCAAGCGACCUAAACAUGGUGAGGCCAACCAUGUGCUGUCCUAUCCAGCUGGCGUGACAGCAGACAAUCUUGAGAUGGAGUGGCAGGUACUUUUGAAGGAGGUGAAGAAAUGGAACAACGGGAGGAUUAUCCAAGAAAAAAUGGCCAAGACAUUUGCCCUUCGUAGACAAGAAAUUGUGGAAAAACAGCCCAGGGUGGAAGAACUCCAGGAGCGAUGGCCAGCGAUGUUUCAAGAAGAAGAGAUCAAUGCUGAAUUCCUACGGAUGACAACGGUACCUCUACAAGCACGAUUCUUGGCCAGUUUGGAUGAACAGAGCAGUCAGCUUCUUCAGGUCAUUAGGAGAAAAGGUGGAGCUGUCGGUGAGAAAACCAGGGACGUCCUUAAACCUUUGGAUCAGAGUGUGGACUUGAACAUCAGAAGAGAGUGCCUCCUGAAGUCCCUUGUGAUGUACCUGGGUGAAGAUGUGAGCCACCUGAUCAAAGAAUACCAGGUACGUUUGGGCAGCGAUCGCAGCUCACCAAAAUUCUCGCGCGAGCCCGUUCACAUUACGGCCGGGUUCCACCGGCUGCAAAAGUAA